GCGCCCCCUCUAGGCCAAUCCGGAAAAGGACACAAGACUCCUCCCCCCCCGUCCCGUGCAGCAGUAUAAUGUGUGUGUGUCGGGCGCCUCGUACGGAACGGGUUCUGUGUUUUUACAAAGAGGAAAAAGCGACACACUUGUGGAGAUAAACAAAUUUCUAUAUUUCACAUGGAUUACCAAAGACCAUUCUUUAUUGGACAUAUAGCUUUGGAUAAAAGGGGUAUAAAGGAAGACAUGAAGACGCUUGCUGGAUAACACAUUGAAAGGACUUGGAAUAACACUUCAAACUCGGGUGUGAAGAAACUCUUCUUAUCUGUUGAGGAGUCGCAGAAGACAUCUGGUUGUGAUGCUUUGUUCACAUGGCUGCUGCAGCCCUGCCAGCCUCCAUUCAUUCUCCACCGGGUUCUCUAGAUCUCAACCAGCCUGGCUUCAAGAAGGAGAUCCUUGGGACCAAGCUUGAAGGGAAAUACCUGUGCUCAGAGUGCAAGAAUAUCCUUAGGAGGCCGUUCCAAGCCCAGUGUGGACACCGCUACUGCUCACACUGUCUGAGGAAGAUAGUGAGCUCCGGUCCUCAGAAGUGUGCCGCUUGCAUUCAGGAAGGCAUUUUCGAAGAAGGAAUCUCCAUUUUGGAAAGCAGCACAGCAUUUCCUGAUAACGCAGCGCGGCGAGAGGUGGAAAGUCUGCCUGCCAUUUGUAACUAUAAUGACUGCUCGUGGAGAGGCUCAAUCAAGGAGUAUGAGGCCACACAUGAAGGGAAGUGCCCGUUCAUGUUAGCGCCCUGCCCAUCAUGCAAACAGCUCAUCAGAGUCAGUGAAAAGGAAUGGCAUAACGAACGCGAGUGUCCAGAGCGAAAACUGAACUGCAGAUACUGCAAACUUUCUUUCUACUUUCCAGAUAUCAAGGCUCAUGAUGAGAUCUGCCCUAAAUUCCCCAUGACGUGUGAAGGCUGUGGAAAGAAAAAGAUCCCUAGAGAAAAGUUGGUGGAUCAUGUGAAGUCAUGCGGCCGGUGCAGAGUGCCCUGUCGGUAUUUGGUGGCUGGUUGCACAGAAAUGGUGGAGAAUGAUAAGUGCCUAGAGCAUGAGACCAAGUUCUUGCCUGAGCACUUGGCUAAAGUGUGGGAGUUCAUCCAGCCACACAGGAAGGAGAUUAUUGAUGUCACCCAAAGUCUGGGGUCAAUGUCCAUGCAGGGCAGCCCAGCUUCCCUGACUGCAUUGCAUUCAACACCAGAAUUUGCCAAAGCCCCAGAUUUGCUGCGGAAGCUUGAGACUUUGGAGAAGAAGAGCAUGGUGAUGGAAAAUAUUGUCUGUGUCCUCAACAAAGAGGUGGAGAGGGGGAGCGUGGUCACAGAGGAGGCCAUGAAGCUGCGGAGGACAGAUCAGGAGAAGAUUGAUGGCCUUACAAACAAGGUGAGACAACUGGAGCGUACGGUGGGACAGAAGGACCUACAGCUGGUAGAACUGGAGACUAGGCUACAGGAGGCAGAACUUUCCACCUUUGAUGGCAUAUUUAUCUGGAAAAUUCCAGAGUUUGCCAAGAAGCGCCAGGAUGCUAUUUUAGGCCGCUGCCCAGCCAUGUUCUCCCCUCCUUUCUAUACCAGUAAAUAUGGUUACAAAAUGUGUCUACGAAUAUACCUGAAUGGAGAUGGAACUGGACGUGGAACACACCUCUCCCUCUUCUUCGUGGUCAUGAAAGGACCCAGCGAUGCCCUUCUGAGAUGGCCAUUUAACCAAAAGGUUUAUAUGUGGCCUUAUUCUUCUUUGCAGGUGACUUUGAUGUUGCUGGACCAGAACAAUCGGGAACACAUCAUUGAUGCCUUCAGACCAGACAUAACCUCCUCUUCCUUUCAGCGUCCCGUAAGUGAAAUGAACAUCGCCAGUGGAUGUCCUCUCUUCUGUCCCCUUGCUAAACUGGAAGGCAAGAAUUCAUACAUUCGGGAGGAUACAAUAUUCAUUAAGGCCAUUGUGGAUCUCUCUGGGCUUUAAUAUCAUGGAUACCUUCCCAAAACAACCUGCCAUUUGAUGAGCCUGGCUCGUCGGAGGAGGUUAGGUCCGAUAAGGAUGAAAGAUAUAAAGUUGGCUUUGUUUUGCCUUCAGCACCUUUUGGGUGAUUUUUGUAUUAGGCCUGCAUGUUGACAAGCUUUUCUGUUGGAGACUUCUUAUACCCACGAAAACGCAUAUUAAAUAUUUGCUAAUGGACCUCAACUAUUUGAAGGUCUACCUGUGAUACAAAAAGCACCCUUGCUGUGGAAGAAAAUAUAAAGGGGUGCAAUGUCUGUACAUGUCUUGCACUUAUUGAAAAGAAAAUGGAGCAUGCCAAUAUGUCAUAGAUGACCAGAUGUAAAUCGAGGAAAGGCGUGACAUUAUAGGAGCCUCUUUGAUUAUACCAAUCAAAUAUUUGCUUUUAUCAUUUUGCUUUUGCAUUAGCUUGUAAUCUAUUUGGUACUUGGUGGUCAGCUAGACGUGUUCCUUUCAGACACUUUUUAGAUAUGGGGUUACCUGUCUUCUCCUGGUGGAAUUAUACAAACUUUGUGGUUUCGUCUUUUUCCAUGUCUUUAACAUGGUUUGGUUAAACUGCUGCUCUUUUGCAUCCUCAGGAAUGCUGCUUUUUCUCUCACUUUUUUUGUAAUUUAUUUUUUAAUUUCCAAGGUUGGAAAUUUGUGGAGAGAAGGUUUUUCCAUUGAUUAGACCUUUCGUGGAGAAAGUGGAUUGUAAAACUUUAUUUUUAUAGGGCAGCUGUUUCCUUUGUUGUCACUGAUUAUUUAGAUUUUUGCUUGUUCAUAAGUUUCAAAUGUGACGAUGUUUAAGGCCCUUUGCAAUCAAUCGGAGUUCACAAGACUGGACUCUUUGGUGAUGAAUUCUAAUGGGUUGCUAUGCACUACAGCACUUUUGUCACUUAUUAUUCAGCAAAAAUUGCCCAAGUUAGUAAGUGUAGUUGUGUCCCAGCAUCCUUCAUCCUUGGAUAACAGGCAGUUGGACAGCGUUGUCAAUGUUUUUCUCUAUACAGCAUGCAAGGCUCUUCAGCUGACCUGUUUCCUCAUUAGACAUCAGUGUGGGACCGUGAAGGCGACCCACAUCCUUAAUGUAAGUUCAUCCAUGAAUGGUCCCUCUACCAAGUCAAAUCCCUUAAACUAACCUGUACAUCUGGUAUUUGAAGUUUAGCACUUGUUGACUUCUCUCAAGAAGAAUAUCCUUCAGAUGAAACGUGAUAAAUCAGUUUCCACUUUGACAUGCCAGUAGCCUUUCAGUUAUCUUUUGUUGUACCCACUUCUAACCAAUCAUAGAUCAUCCCAUGAAUAGCCCUGUUUUUCUUCCUGUGGAUGCAGAGGACCAAGCUUUGAAUUUGGUUUGAGGUUUGCCAUUGAUGACAGGGCACGAGCUCUACUCAAUGUAUGAGAUGUCCACAAUGGAUGUCUUUUUUAUAAAGAGUUGGUGUUUUAUGUCUAUUUUCUGGGGAAAAGAUUAAAUCGUGUUGAUGGAAAACAUUCUACUUUCCAUGGAAAGUGUGAGUUUGAUGCAGACACAUGAUUCAAAAUGGCUGCCCAUUGGUUAGGAGUUUGAAAAUGGGGUGUUUUUUGUAAAAAUAUGACCUUGUAGUAUUUAAGGAAAACUUUGCUUUCUAUCAUUUUGCUAAAAACAUGAUAUUAAGUACAACAAUGGGAUGGACAUACUAAAGACGGAAAGGUGGGACAUCCUUAAAAAAAAUUGUAUGACUAGGUGAGGAGUCCACUGUGUCAUGUGAGUGUGACUUGCAUCAGUGAUUGGUUCAAAUUGCUGCACAGUGGAUUUGUGGCACAGAGGUUGUCCCUUGAUGUACAGACAUAGCUUUGAACUACAGCCUAUGGUUUCCUUUGGGAACUACCUCCUUAAUUACGUUUCCCAUGUCAAACUUUAAGUGUCAACAUAUAGAAGGUCCCUGCCCCCCUUUUAAUUGUUUUAUUUUUUUGGGACCAAGUUCCAUUAUUUUACAGUAGUAGUGUCUUAACUUGAACACUCAGUAAAAGUCAUGUCCAAGUUGCCAAGCAAGCGUUGACAGUAGAGGCCACGGUUAUUGUUGCCAGUGGAGGUGUAGGUUCUCUCCCUAUGUUGCUGCCAUGAAGAAUCUAAGACACUGGUGCACUUUUAGUUGGUGUGCUGCCAUGUCCAUGACUUUGAGCCAAAGUGGGGUGGCUCUCACUGUCAGUAUGAACUCAGAUAUUAUGUACCGGGGAAUAAAUGGAGUCACUGAAAAAGUGCUCCUCUGGGUUUUACAAACAUUUGAAGAUGGCUUAGUGUACCCAUAGAUAGGAAGAGGUUUCCCAAAGAAAGAUUAGGAUAUAUCUUCUAUCUCCAAAUUAUUGCUUGCAAUUUAGCCAAUGGCAGGAGUGGCACACAUGGGAUGGGCAGUUGGAAAACUGGUGCAUAAUAAGUAGUUAUGAUGGUCAUAAUUGCUUGUUAUUGGCACCUAGAUAAUUCUCUGCAUGGCCCAUUCAUCUCAGUGGGUGGUUAAAUUGGAAAAGGUUCAGUCACCUUGUAUGCUCCCAUGAACAGCAGCAGUUUAAUCUUCCAGACCGCCUCUGCCUUUGUUUGGGCAACAUCUUUCACAGAAAACUUUCAUAUGAACGAGACCAUGAGAGAAUAUAUGAUGGCUCCAGCGCUGUAUUGAUGUGGCCCACUCUGAUCCUGUAUGCAAUCACUGCUCAUAGCUUGUGAACAGUGUGUACCAUAUAUACUGGUCUUUGGUUCUGUGGAUGGCCAAAUGCGUUGCACAUCAGAGUGUCCACUGCCGAGGAGAUGUCUUGGGCAGUCUGAUCUGUCUAUAUAUCUGUCUAUAUUUGGGCAUUUUUAUAUUCUCCAAUUAGAACCUUCUUGCAUUGCCGCUACAUGAAUAGUAGUGCUGCUACUAGUAACCCCUCCACAUAUAGCUUACCACAGAUCUGUAGACCACACCAUGGCUUUCAUCUGUGGAAGAUCAUUGGGAGGUUGAGGUUCAGGAAAUCCCUUGCCUAACGACCAGCCCUAUGAAUGUUCAUGUGCCUGCCUGAUACAGUGCCAUUUGUGUGCUGGCGGAGUUUCACA